AUGACUGCUCAAGUAACACUGGAGGAUGCAUUGUCCAAUGUGGACCUCUUGGAAGAAUUACCAUUGCCAGAUCAGCAACCGUGUAUUGAACCCCCACCAUCAUCUCUGCUUUACCAGCCAAACUUCAACACUAAUUUCGAAGACAGAAAUGCAUUUGUCACUGGCAUUGCAAGAUACAUUGAGCAAGCUACAGUCCAUUCUAGCAUGAAUGAAAUGCUAGAAGAAGGUCAGGAAUAUGCAGUCAUGUUAUACACAUGGAGAAGCUGCUCAAGAGCCAUUCCUCAGGUCAAGUGUAAUGAGCAGCCUAACAGAGUAGAAAUCUAUGAGAAAACUGUGGAAGUUCUGGAGCCAGAAGUCACAAAACUAAUGAACUUUAUGUAUUUUCAGAGAAAUGCAAUUGAGCGAUUUUGUGGGGAGGUGAGACGCUUGUGCCACGCGGAGAGGAGGAAGGACUUUGUGUCUGAAGCAUAUCUCAUCACGCUGGGCAAAUUCAUCAACAUGUUUGCAGUACUGGAUGAGUUGAAAAAUAUGAAGUGCAGUGUGAAGAACGACCAUUCAGCCUACAAGCGAGCUGCUCAGUUCCUGCGGAAAAUGGCAGAUCCUCAAUCCAUUCAAGAAUCCCAGAACCUCUCCAUGUUUCUUGCCAACCACAACAAGAUAACACAAUCUUUACAGCAGCAGUUGGAGGUGAUUGUUGGCUAUGAAGAGUUGCUUGCAGAUAUCGUGAAUUUGUGCGUGGACUACUAUGAAAACAAAAUGUAUCUAACACCCAGUGAGAAACAUAUGCUCUUGAAAGUUAUGGGCUUCGGAUUGUACCUGAUGGAUGGAAGUGUCAGCAACAUCUAUAAGCUGGAUGCAAAGAAAAGGAUAAAUUUAGCAAAGAUAGACAAGUUCUUUAAGCAGUUGCAGGUUGUCCCACUAUUUGGUGACAUGCAGAUUGAACUUGCCAGAUACAUUAAGACCAGUGCCCAUUAUGAGGAAAAUAAAUCCAGAUGGACAUGUACGUCUUCCAGCAGCAGUCCCCAAUACAAUAUAUGUGAGCAGAUGAUCCAAAUCAGAGAAGACCAUAUGCGUUUCAUAUCAGAACUGGCUCGUUACAGCAACAGUGAGGUGGUGACGGGGUCUGGACGACAGGAAGCUCAAAAAACAGAUGCAGAGUAUCGGAAGCUUUUUGAUCUCUCUCUCCAAGGCCUGCAGCUUCUCUCCCAGUGGAGUGCACAUGUCAUGGAAGUGUAUUCGUGGAAGCUGGUACACCCAACUGACAAAUAUUCUAAUAAAGAUUGUCCUGACAAUGCGGAAGAGUAUGAAAGAGCGACGAGAUACAAUUAUACCAGUGAGGAGAAGUUUGCUUUGGUUGAGGUGAUUGCCAUGAUCAAAGGGCUUCAGGUGCUGAUGGGAAGGAUGGAAAGUGUUUUCAAUCAUGCCAUUCGCCAUACCAUUUAUGCAGCUCUUCAGGACUUCGCGCAGGUCACACUUAGAGAGCCAUUAAGACAAGCCAUUAAAAAGAAGAAAAAUGUCAUUCAGAGUGUUUUGCAGGCCAUAAGAAAGACAGUCUGUGACUGGGAAGCAGGUCACGAGCCGUUCAACGACCCAGCUCUAAGGGGAGAGAAGGACCCCAAAAGUGGUUUUGACAUCAAAGUUCCAAGGCGUGCAGUGGGACCUUCCAGCACUCAGCUCUACAUGGUUCGCACUAUGACAGAGUCCUUAAACUCUGCUGAGCUGUUGAAGCAGCUCAAGUCUCUGGGACUGGAAAAGCUAUUGCAUGUGACACACAAGUUUCUGAGGCAGUCCUACAUCUAUCCGCCUCUUUUAAACUUUGGUGAAACCCUGCAGCAAUGCUGUGAUCUGUCUCAGCUGUGGUUCAGGGAAUUCUUCUUAGAGCUGACCAUGGGCAGAAGAAUCCAGUUUCCCAUUGAGAUGUCCAUGCCUUGGAUUCUGACGGACCAUAUUUUGGAGACCAAAGAGGCAUCAAUGAUGGAGUAUGUUCUGUAUUCUUUGGACCUUUAUAAUGACAGUGCUCAUUAUGCACUUACUAAAUUUAAGAAGCAGUUCCUCUAUGAUGAAAUUGAGGCAGAGGUAAACCUGUGUUUUGACCAAUUUGUCUACAAGCUGGCAGACCAAAUAUUUGCAUACUACAAGGCAAUGGCUGGCAGCCUGCUUCUGGAUAAACGAUUACGUUCCGAAUGCAAGAAUCAGGGAGCAACCAUUCAGUUGUUACAGUCCAACCGCUACGAGACACUGCUGAAACAGAGACAUGUCCAACUUCUGGGUAGGUCAAUCGAUCUGAACCGACUGAUCACACAGAGAAUUUCAGCAGCCAUGUACAGGUCAAUGGAACUGGCAAUCGGACGAUUUGAAAGUGAGGAUUUGACUUCCAUUGUGGAGCUGGAUGGCUUGAUAGAGAUAAACAAAAUGACUCACAAGCUUCUGAGUAGAUAUAUGACCUUGGACAGCUUUGAUGCCAUGUUCAGAGAAGCCAAUCACAAUGUGUCAGCCCCUUACGGAAGAAUCACUCUUCAUGUCUUUUGGGAACUCAAUUAUGAUUUCCUUCCAAACUACUGCUACAACGGAUCCACUAACAGAUUUGUUCGGACCGUGCUACCAUUUUCUCAGGAGUUUCAGAGAGAUAAGCAGCCUAAUGCACAGCCACAGUAUCUUUAUGGAUCAAAGACUUUGCUGUGA